ACUGGGCAGGACAGGAUGGCUGUGAGCUUGGAUGAUGAUGUUCCCCUCAUCCUCACCCUGGAUGAAGGGGGAAGUGGCUCCUCUGCCCCCCUUGGUGACCUGGAUCGGGAGGAGCUGCCUGAUGAAAAUGGGGGUAGCUAUGAUGUUAUUAAUGAUGCAUCCAGCCCUGCUGCGGGGGACUGCUGCGCACAGCCAAGCUCUGCCCGGCACAACUGGGAAAUGAACUACCAAGAGGCAGCAAUCUACCUCCAGGAAGGAGAAAAUAAUGAUAAGUUCUUCACUCACCCCAAAAAUGCCAAAGCACUUGCUGCCUACCUCUUUGUUCACAAUCACCUUUUCUACCUGAUGGAGCUGAGCACAGCUCUGCUGCUGCUGUUGCUGUCCCUCUGCGAGGCACCAGCCGUCCCUAUGCUCCGCCUGGGCAUCUUUGUCCAUGCAACCCUGGAGCUCUUUGCAUUAAUUGUGGUAGUCUUUGAACUCUCCAUGAAGAUGAGGUGGCUGGGCUUCCAAACCUUUAUCAGGCACAAAAGGACUAUGGUGAAGACUUGUGUGCUGUUUGUGCAGUUCAUAGAGGCCAUCGUGGUGCUGGUGCGCCAGACCUCGCACGUCCGGAUCACCAGAGCUCUGCGCUGCAUCUUCCUGGUGGACUGUCGGUACUGUGGGGCUGUCAGGAGAAAUCUGCGACAGAUCUUCCAGUCCCUCCCACCAUUUAUUGACAUUCUUCUCCUCCUGCUUUUCUUCAUGGUGAUUUUUGCCAUCCUAGGUUUCUACUUGUUUUCUCCUAACCCCUCGGAUCCGUACUUCAACACUUUAGAGAACAGCCUCGUGAAUCUCUUUGUCCUUCUGACCACUUCCAAUUUUCCUGAUGUGAUGAUGCCAUCUUAUGCCCGAAACCCCUGGUCCUGUGUCUUCUUCAUAGUGUAUCUCUCCAUCGAGCUGUAUUUCAUCAUGAACUUGCUUCUCGCUGUCGUGUUUGACACUUUCAACGACAUUGAGAAGAGGAAGUUCAAGUCCUUGCUGCUGCACAAGCGCACGGCCAUCCAGCACGCCUACCACCUGCUGGUCACCAAGCAGAGGCCAUCUGGAAUUUCCUUCAAGCACUUGGAAGGGCUGCUGCGGUUCUACCGGCCUCGGAUGGGUGCCAGGGAGCACUAUCUCACUUUCAAAGCACUGAAUCAAAGCAAUACUCCUUUGCUCAGUCUAAAGGAUUUUUACAAUUUCUAUGAAGUUGUUGGCUUGAAAUGGAAGGCAAAGCGGAAUCGUGAGCACUGGUUUGAUGACCUUCCACGGACAGCAUUCCUUAUUUUUAAAGGCAUCAACAUCCUUGUGAAGUCCCGUGCGUUCCAGUACACCAUGUAUACUGUGGUGGCUGUGAAUGGAAUUUGGAUUCUUGUUGAAACCUUCAUGCUGCAAGGAGGGAAUUUCUUCUCCAGAAAUGUCCCGUGGAGCUACAUAGUCUUCCUCACAAUCUACGGCGUGGAGCUGCUCCUGAAGACCACUGGGCUGGGGCCUGUUGAGUACCUGUCCUCAGGCUGGAAUCUAUUUGACUUCUCAGUCACCCUGUUUGCAUUUCUGGGGCUGAUGGCCCUGGCAUUCAACAUGGAGCCCUUUUACUUCAUCGUGGUCCUGCGGCCUCUUCAGCUGCUGAGGCUCUUUAAGUUGAAGAAACGUUACAGAAACGUCCUGGACACUAUGUUUGAAUUGUUCCCCAGGAUGGCCAGCCUGGGUUUAACCCUGCUGAUCUUCUACUAUUGCUUUGCCAUCGUUGGCAUGGAGUUCUUUGCUGGCAUGGUCUACCCAAACUGCUGCAACACAAGCACGGUCGCAGAUUCCUACCGCUUCCUGAAUCACACGGUCGGCAACAAGACGGUUGUGGAAGAAGGUUAUUACUAUCUCAACAACUUUGACAACAUUCUGAACAGCUUUGUGACACUGUUUGAGCUGACAGUCGUCAAUGACUGGUACAUCAUCAUGGAAGGGGUGACAUCCCAAACCACUCACUGGAGCCGUCUUUACUUCAUGAUCUUCUACAUUGUGACCAUGGUGGUGAUGACAAUCAUUGUGGCUUUUAUUCUGGAUGCUUUUGUCUUCCGGAUGAACUACACACGGAAGAACCAGGAUUCAGAAGAAGACAAUGGCAUUGUGCUGGAGAAAGAGAUCUCCAAGGAGGAAGUGGUUGGCAUCAUUGAGCUCUACAAGAGGAGCUCGGCUGCCGUCGACACGUCUCAGCUGCAGAAGAUCGUGUUGCAGAUGGACAAAUAUGGGCAAAUGUCAACAGUGUUUCUGGGACGCAGAUCAAGGACCAAGAGUGAUUUGAGUAUGAAGAUGUAUGAGGAGGAGAUCCAGGAAUGGUAUGAAGAGCAUUCCAGAAAAGAGGAAUCCCAGCCACCACUGCAAGAGCCUGCAGCUGCUUCCAACAGCUCUCUGAAGCCCCUGAGCCUCCGACAGCGCUCCCAGACUGUCAUUUAG